UGGUAUAUUUUUUACAGCGUGUUCUGGCGCACGUUGGAAGUAAAUUCUAAUUUCAAUUUAAAAUAUAAACAGAAUGGAGUCAGAUGGCAAUGCGAAACGCAAGCGACCCAAAAAGAAGGGCAAUCGCUUCAUGCGGAACGCCAAGGGAUUCGCCAAGCAGGGGAUAUUCGGCCGGGGCACACACAUCGACGAUGAGCAGUUCAGCUACUUCAUUAACAUUCUGGACGCCAUGAAGGUGGGAUUCGAGGACGUGGAGGAGCGAGUCAACAUGGCCAACAAUGUGUUCGAGCAGACCCACGACCAGGAGAUCCACCUGGCCUCCAAUCAGAUCGUUUCCAAGGCUCUGGAAUCGCUGGUGGGUUUCGUAGACGACGUCCAGUUGGAGCGAUUCUUCAGCAAGUUUGGCGAAAGCUUACGCCCCCUUUGUUCCGAUCGUUUCGCCUCGCACGUCCUGCAGAAAAUGCUGGAGAUUGCCUUCCUGCGGGGAGUGGGCAAGUCAGCUGUCCAGGAAACCAGCGAUGCAGCUAGUGCCAACAAGCGGGCCAAGCCGGAUGCCGCCCAGGUGGAGGAGGAGUACAACCUGGAGGCGGAAUUCAGCGAAGAUCACCGCGAGAAGUGCCGGCAGUUCGUGCUGCGCAUCUCCAAGUUCAUGCUGAACAACCUGGAGGACUUUGUGUGGGACACCUGCGCCAGCCACAUCAUGCGCACGGCCAUUCUGUGCCUGGUGGGCAUGCAUGUGCCCAAGAUCGCCUUCGAGAAGGGCGGCACUGAGAUCGCCAAGCACCGGAAGCUCUACUCGGUGCCGGAUGAGUGGCAGGAGGUGAUGAAGGAGUUCCCCCAGCGCCUGGAGAUGUGGCCCCAGUUCACGGACUUUCCCUACCAGGAGCACUCUUCCAGCCUGCUGGGCAUCAUCUGUUUGGCUUUGAGUGUGGCGGACAAAAGUCUGCUCAAGCAUUUUGCCAAGAAAAUCUUAACAGUCGGGCUGUUGAAGCCAAAUGAAGGUGACGAGGAGAAAAAGGACUUGGACGUCAAGAUAGAGAUCAAGGACGAAGAGGAUGAGGAGAACGCUGAGAAGAAGCCAACAGAUCCCAACUUACCGAAGGUCUUCCAUCAUCAGACCUCUGUUAUUCUGUUAGAAACUAUUUUGAGUGUGGCGGGAGCCAAACUGCUGACCCAGCUGUAUGCCAUGCUCUUCUGCAACCGCAUCGGCUAUUUAGCUCGGCAGCAGGGAACGAACUUUUCUGUCCAGCGUCUCCUGCAGCACAUCAAGGAGGUCUCGGACUUCGAGGCCGUCUUCACCGAACUCCAGCCGCACGUGGAGGAGCUGCUCAAGAUGGGUUACACCGGCGUGGUGUCCGGACUGAGUGCAGCCUGUCUGCGACUGGGCACCAAGCAAGCUCAGAUGAUAGCCGCCCUGCAGAGUGCUCUGCAUGUCAGCGGCGACAAGGAGAAAUCCAAGCUCUUCUUCAACUGCCUGGUGAAACUGAAGCCUUUUGAAGUGCUUGGCAGCGAUGAGUCGGGAUUCGUUCAUCUCCACGGGUCGCUCAUCGCCCAACACGUGCUGCAGUUCAACAAGCCCAUCUUCCUGGUCAACUGCAUCCUCGAUCUGCCCGCCACCCAGCUGGCUCAGGUCUUCAACACGCCCAAUGGCUCGCACAUCGUGGACGCCUUCAUGCAGAGCAAGUUCAUAGGGGAGAAAUCCAGGGAGCGUCUGAUCCGCCAGCUGGAUGGCUUCUACGUGGACUUGGCCAUCACUCGACAUGGCUCCCGCGUCUUCGAACAAUGCUUCAAUGCCUCCCAGGAGGCGCAGAAGCUGCGCAUGGCCAAGGAGCUUUUCGCCAAGGCAAACAUGCUGAAGGGAUCGCCGCAUGGAAGGAUAAUCUACACAAAAUACCGCCUGGAUACAUAUAAGCUUUCGCCCAGCCAGUGGCAGGAGAGCUUGUCCAAGCACCUGGACGCAGAGCAGCCAAAGGAGGCGAAGCGGAAAACGGCCAAGACAGCCGCCGAAGCUUUCAAGGAUAUACUUAGCUAGUAUCUAGACUGUGUAUACUAAUAAAUAUUGUUAAAUCUGAA